AGCAGACGUUCCAAAUCGCGACAUUCCCAACCCAGGUUGUGCUGGUACCAUAAACGUUAUGGUGCCAAUGCCAAAAAGUGCACUCGACCUUGCACCUUCGAGGCUAACCAGGCGGGAAACGUGUGAGCCAGCACGUGACGGCGACUAACGUCGCUGGCGAGCCACUUCCAUGUCGCCUCUUCUUCGUCACUGAUCGACAUUCUGGGAUACGCUUCCUAGUUGACACUGGGGCAGAAGCUAGCGUCAUCCCACCUACGAAGGAAGAGCGUCUGCGGCCAAUGUCUCUGCAACUUCGUGCCGCCAACGGUUCGCCCAUCACAACCUAUGGUCGGAGAUUCCUCGAUCUCAACCUUGGAUUGCGUCGUCCCUUUCGUUGGGUUUUCAUAGUGGCAGAUGUGACCACCGGCAUUAUUGGUAUGGAUCUCUUGCAGCACUAUCAGCUGCUGGUAGAUGCUGGCAAGCAUAAGUUGAUAGAUUCUACCACAACACUCUCUGUUUCCGGUAUAGUCACAAAGACGCCGCCCCUCAGUCCCGUGUACUGCACGACGGACGCUUCUAGUCCCUACGCGUCUAUCAUUCAGUCCUUUCCGGAUGUCUUUAAGCCAAGUCGUUGUGUCCCUUGUGUGACUUCGAACGUUUCUCAUCACAUAACGACGACUGGCCCUCCAGUAUUUGCGAAACCACGGCGAUUAUCCCCGGAGAAACUGCGUGCUGUAAAAGCCGAGUUCGAACACAUGCUUGAAAUGGGAAUAAUCAGACCAUCCAACAGUCCAUGGUCUUCACCCUUGCAUGUGGUACCCAAGAACAAUGGCAUGGACUGGAGGCCUUGUGGUGACUACCGAAGGCUCAACGCUAAAACGAUUCCAGAUCGUUACCCAGUCCCUCACAUUCACGACUUGACUGCAUCUUUAAAAGGCUCGGUUAUCUUCAGUAAGCUUGACUUGACGCGUGCAUAUCAUCAGAUCCCGGUUCAUCCUGAUGAUGUUCCCAAGACAGCCGUCAUUACACCGUUUGGUCUUUUUGAGUUCCUCCGUAUGCCUUUUGGUCUUCGCAAUGCAGCACAAACCUUCCAACGUUUUAUUCACGAUGUUUUACGUGGACUCGAUUUCGCCUAUGCCUACCUAGACGAUAUACUAAUCGCUAGUCCAGACGAAGACACUCAUAUUAACCACUUGAAACAGGUUUUCGCCAGACUGUCAGAGCAUUCGAUGACAGUCAACCUGGCCAAAUGCCAAAUUGGCGUUCGUUCACUAAAAUUUUUGGGACACGUUAUCGACGAGCAAGGCAUUCGCCCACUACCUGAAAAGGUACAGGCGAUCCAAGACUUCCCAGUCCCAGCGUCAUUUAAAGCUCUGCGUGUGUUUCUGGGUAUGGUGAGCUAUUAUCGUCGCUUCAUUCCCCAAUGUGCACACAUUUUGACUGCACUGACCGACCUGCUGAAAAGUAAAUGUAAAACUUUCAGCUUGACUCCGGAGGCACUAGAAGCAUUUCGCAAGAUCAAAACCGCAAUAGCAGACGCCACGAUGCUGGUGCAUCAAGACGUAAACCUACCUCUCAGCAUUGCGGUUGACGCCUCUAACACGGCCAUUGGAGCUGUGUUGCAACAACUUUCGGAUCACACUUGGAUCCCAGUUGCAUUCUUCUCUCGGAAGUUAUCCACCUGCGAAAUGCGGUACAGCACUUUCGGCAGGGAACUGCUCGCCAUAUAUGCCUCAGUGAAACAUUUUCGUCAUUUUGUGGAAGGUCGUGACUUCAUCAUCUUUACCGACCAUAAACCUCUGACGUAUGCCUUACACACCACUACUGACAGAUAUUCACCGCGUGAAUUACGUCACCUAGAUUAUAUUUCGCAAUUCACGUCGGACAUCCGUCAUAUUUCUGGUGUGAAUAACCCUGUCGCGGACGCACUGUCUCGCGUUUGCACCACGACUUUGCCUCGAGCAGUCGACUUACGGAAGAUUGCCGAACUUCAGGAUUCAGACGAGGAGAUUGGAAAACUUCAACACUCAUCCUCUCUGAAGAUACAGCGUUACCGCUCCUGAACAGUGAAGUGUCAAUAUUGUGCGACACCUCCACAGGCACACCCAGACCCUUGCCGCCGGACUCCCUAACAGACUCGUUUAGUCGCGCGUAUCCUGAACCUUCUAAAAGAGCCACGUCUAGUAACACUGAUCCAGUAACCUCUACACGUGCUGGGAGGCGUGUACAUUGGCCCAAGCGAUACGCCGAGUUCGUUAAUUAGCCCCUGAGCAACUUCACACUUGGUGAAUUUGGAGUUUCAACUACUUUGUCGUGGCAUACACUUUCAAUGCGUUUUCAUACCUAAAGUUUUCAAAAGUCAUGUUUACUACUUUGCAAACAGUUUUUUUUUCAAAAAAAAAAAAGAAAAAUCAAAAAUACAAUUUAAAUUCCGAAAACUUUUUUUGGUUGGUUAUUAUUUUUUUUUCUGUACUACUCCCACUUCGAAUUGUUUGGUUUUCCUUUUCUUAGCACUCUAAUGUCCCAUUUCUUUCUUCUUGCAGAACCUAGAAAAUGCGUUGAAAAUUGGAUACAAUUGGCCGCUGACGAUGCUACUUGGAUCGUUCUUCGGUUCUCUUUGUACCAAUUUCCCCCUGUACACUCCCCGGUAGAUUAAGAAGCAAUAGGGAAAAGUAGACGGAGGCUUUGGGUCACCUUCCACCACUGCGAGAAGGGUUGCGUCUAGACGCAAAAAUAUCUUACCUCGUAGGUGUGCAUAGUUGCACUAGCUUCGGAGACCCACACGUCACCUACUCCAUCACCAAUAUGGAAAGGUGUUGCGUGUCCGCCUCGCAGUCGCCUCCUAGGAUCGAAGGUUGCCGGUAUCCCAACAACCUUCUAGGAGGGGGAUAACCUGUAGUGCACCUUCCUGGCACCAAAAUAUAACUAGGGCUAAAAUAAAUAGUUUAAAUUAAAUUAACUAAAUAAAUCUCUAGCUUGCCUCCGGAUGCUUAGGGUGUUUUAAGUUUUGUUUUAACGAGCAUGCAUCCGAGCAGGCUUGGACGCCAUUUUUGCGCUCCAUUGUGCUGAUCACCACGCACGUACUCCGAGUCCCUAGUUCAGCCUUACAAGCCAGAUAAGUUGAUUAAACUUUUCCCUCAUUCAUUAUUAUAACAUUUACCUUAAAUACAUAGCUCCUUU